AUGGGGUAUCGUACAACAAUAAGAACAUCCACAGGGGCCACACCUUACUUCUUAGUAUACGGCACUGAAGCUAUGAUACCUGUCGAACUAGAGAUACCUUCCCUAAGGAUCAUCCAAGAAGCAAAGUUGACUGACGCUGACUGGAUACGAGGUCGGGCAGAGAAUUUGGCAUUAAUAGAUGGAAGACGAAUUAACGCCAUUUGUCAUGGUCAUCUCUAUCAGAAUAGAAUGGCCAGACCUUUCAACAAGAAGGUUAAACCAAGACAUUUCUCACCUGGGCAACUAGUUUUGAAUCGGAUUUUCCCAAAUCAAGACAAAGCAAAGGGUAAAUUUUCACCAAACUGGCAAGGUGUGUACAUAGUCUCUCGAGUACUGACAGGCGGGGCCGUCAUACUUACAUAA